AAGAACUUCUUCCUAAUGUCCAGCUUAAACCUCCCCUGGCGCAGCUUAAGACCGUGCCCUCUUGUCCUACUGCUGGUUGCCCGGGAGAAGAGACCGAUACCCACCUCGCUACAACCUCCUUUUAGGAGCGUAGCCAGAGCAAAGACGGAGGUCCAGGAGGGAUACGGACGAGGAUACCGGCAGGAUGCCGGCAGGGAUACGGGCAGGCAUACCGCCGGUGCGUGGGCGGGGCGGUCCGUCUCCACCCCCUGGGUGCCGAUUGGUGCGGGGCUGGUGCCGGGGCGGUGCGGGGCGGUCGGUCCGGCGGCGCGGAGCGGGGCCAUGCGGCAGCCCCGGGGCGGCGGCGGCGGCGGCGCCGCCUUCCUGCCCGCGGCGCGGUGCGGAGCGGCGGCCGGAGCGCCCCGCACAGCCAUGGGCGAUGGGUGGCUGCCGCCGGACUGCGGCCCCCAGAACCGCUCCGUGGCCGGGGUGACGGCGGUGCCGCCCGGGAGCAGGCAGCUGCCCGCCGCCGAGCUGCUGUCGCAGCAGUGGGCUGUGGGCAUGAGCCUGCUGAUGGCCCUGGUGGUGCUGCUCAUCGUGGCCGGGAACGUGCUGGUGAUCGCGGCCAUCGGGAGGACGCAGCGGCUUCAGACGCUCACCAACCUGUUCAUCACCUCGCUGGCCUGCGCCGACCUGGUGAUGGGGCUGCUGGUGGUGCCCUUCGGGGCCACGCUGGUGGUGCGGGGCACCUGGCUCUGGGGGUCCUUCCUCUGCGAGUGCUGGACCUCCCUGGACGUGCUGUGUGUGACGGCCAGCAUCGAGACCUUGUGCGUCAUCGCCAUCGACCGCUACCUAGCCAUCACCUCACCUUUCCGCUACCAGAGCCUCAUGACCAAGGGUCGGGCCAAGGGCAUCAUCUGCACCGUCUGGGCCAUCUCUGCCUUGGUCUCCUUCUUGCCCAUCAUGAUGCACUGGUGGCGGGACGAGGACCCCCAGGCGCUGGAGUGCUACCAGGACCCGGGCUGCUGCGACUUCGUCACCAACAGGGCUUACGCCAUCGCCUCGUCCAUCAUUUCUUUCUACAUCCCCCUUCUCAUCAUGAUCUUUGUGUACCUCCGGGUGUACAGAGAGGCCAAGGAGCAGAUGAGGAAGAUCGAUAGGUGCGAGGGCCGGUUCUACGGUAGCCAGGAGCAGCCGCAGACGCCCCUGCCCGCUCACCCUCACCACCAGCCCAUCCUCGGCAACGGCCGAGCCAGCAAGCGAAAGAGCUCCCGCAUCAUGGCCAUGAAGGAGCAGAAAGCCCUCAAGACUUUGGGCAUCAUCAUGGGGGUGUUCACCCUCUGCUGGCUCCCGUUUUUCCUGGUGAACAUCGUCAACGUCUUCAACAGGGACCUGGUGCCGGACUGGCUCUUCGUUUUCUUCAACUGGCUGGGCUACGCCAACUCCGCGUUCAACCCCAUCAUCUACUGCCGCAGCCCCGACUUUCGUAAGGCCUUCAAGAGGCUGCUCUGCUGCCGCCGGAAAGCCGACCGGUGGCUGCACGGCGGCGGCGGGGAGCUGGCCCGGCUGCCCGGGGGCUUGAUCAGCACCGUGGGCUCCCCCGAGCGCAGCCUGGCAGGGACCUGGUCCGACUACAACGGGGGCACACGGGGCGGCAGCGAGUCCAGCCUGGAGGAGAGACAUAGCAAAACCUCCGAUUCGGAGUCCAAGGGAACAGUCAGGCUAAUGGAUUUUCAUUGCCUUGUGCUUCUGUUCAUCAAUCUAGGUGAGUUCAAAACACUGCUGCCUUUUUGUGUUCUCCUUUCCCUGCUCACUUGUCACAACUUCAAGUAUUUGGAGCUUAACAAACACAUUGGUUUUCUGCCAUCAACACCAUCUUGACCAGUGAGGAAAACACACAGGGUUAACCCCCUGCACCCAACAAUGACUACAUGGACAUCUGUAUUUUAUGCCCUGUAGCUGCAAGUAAGCAAUUCCUUACCUAGGGGGGAUACUAGUUUCCUACUAUUAUGAGUUCAGGCUUUAACAUUCUUCAAAAGAGACAUUAUUUCCCCACUGGGUUCACCAAAAACUGGUUGGAUCUCCAAACCCCUCCUUUGUUUACAGGCUUUGCCAAGCAUGCUGUAGGGCUUUUAUUGGGGAAGGAAGGGAGGCGGCAGAGGAGGAAACUAUUACAAAGCUAUUUAACAUAAACAACUUUCUCCUGUAAAUUCCAAACCCCACUUGGCAAGGAAGAGGUUAAAUUUAGGGGGUGGAAUGGGGGGAGAUCAUUAGGGCAAAGCUAUAAAUAGCAAAUUGGGAAGGUCAGGGAGAGACAUGGGGGAAGGCGAAGAUGAGCUGACCCUAAAUGGGGUGGACUCUCUGGCUUGCUGGAAGCCCUCUGCUGCUCUGCCCUCAGAGUUUGGAUCUGGGUCCUCCCUAAGGCAUGUGGAAGCUGUGGGAUUGCUCAGACAGAAAUGCUUCAAAACUGACUGGGAGCCAUAGUUGUUCAAAGGUGAACCUGAAAGGUCUCUACAGAGCCAGAAAUUGCUACUGCUCCUUCCUGCCCCAAAUCUUUCCUGGGUCUGCCAGCGCCUGCCCAGAGCCGGAAAGCUGCUCUCUGCCUACUUGGAGCAGGAUUUCCAUUUUCCUACCAGCCUUGGUGCCUCAGGCUUUGUGGUCUGUUUUUUGUCUGAAUGGGAAAUGCAUAAUGAGAAACUGUUUAAACAACUUAUGGUACAAGGAAACUGGAGUACAGUACAGCACUCUAAUUUAUUUCCAAGGAAAUUAUGCGCCCUCCAAAAGCACUCCACUCAAGCACUGCAGUUUAAAGUUGGAACAUAAUUGCUGGCCAUCCUGGGUGUGCUGCCUGCAGCCCUCAGCUAGGUCCAAGUGUGCGCAAGGAGGGUAGGAGUCUGCCAAGAUCAUCGGUGCUGCUAUCUGGCUUUGCCACCAGCAGCCAUUCAUCAGCAGGUUAUUGCAGAUCUUUGCACGCAAUGAGAUGCUCCAUGUGGGUAUAACUCUGCCAGUGAAGCGGUGCCAGGCAAUGUUAUAUAAACUCUGUGCCAACGAAUAUGUUAAGAUACACACAAAUGUUAGCGAGGGCAUUUCCUUCACAGUGUUUUAAACCACCCAUAGCAGCUCUGUGGACCAAGAUGACAAGGAACAGAGAGUAACCAAGCAAAGGAUCAUCUCCCCUAUGCCCCAGGCUGUAAGUAAGGUUGGCAUCUUGGCACAGUUGAAUGCCUGAGGUUCAGGGAGGGUCUACCUGUUAGAGCUGUCCUGGCUGUUGCUUUGCUUGCAUGGGUAAUUCCGGUCAGCCUGGUGCUGGUGAAGGAAAACCCAGGAACCAGGAAAGCCACAGAGGAAUUCUCUUGUUCUAUUUUCAGCCCUACACAAAAAAGACUUCAGAUCAGAUGCAUUUCUGAAACUUAUCUAUGUGAAUAUUUGACUCCUUAUCCAAGCAGAACAAAAGCCUCCAAACCUUCUGCGGUCUAUCCAUCAAGAGCCUUAUCUCCCCAUGUCACCGUUCAGCUCCUGGCUGCUGCUGCUUGGAGCCUCCCGCAAGCUCAGCUCCGACCACCAGCUUCCCAUCUCCCCUCUUCAGGCAGCUCUGCAGCAUUAUCCACAGUCACCUCCUUGGCUCCCUGCCACUUCAGUGAUGACCUCUGCACUGCCUGCAGGCCUGGGCUGCUGCAUGCUCCACAGCCAGCCAGCUUCAUGAUGGGCUGCGUUGGUGCUGCUGUAUCACAGCCCAUCAUCUCCAUCCCCCACACACAUACAUAGCCUGGGCUAUGGCCAUACCAUCACCAGAGCAGAGCACACUGACUCAGCUUGGCCCUAACAAUGGAGAAUGUUUGUCUUUUUUAAUGGGAUAUUAAUGAAGCUUGGAUAAAGUCCUCCAUCUGAGGUUCAAAGACUGAAAUAUCCAAGGAGAAUAUUUCUGAUCCCCUUCCACCUGGCAGCCGCUGGUCCCCUCUGGCAGGGGCAUCCUCACUGCUGCCAUCAGGCUGCCAGAGAUCUCAGUUAGCACCCCUAAAAACCCAGGUAGGCUCUACCCUGGUAAAUGAGCAUGGUCCCUGAGCUGCUGGGAAGCACCAGGAGCAUAGCAAGCACAUGGAUGGGCACCAGCAUCAUCAGCCCUGUGGAGGUUCCUGGCCAGGUAAAAUAGCUGCAUGGUGAGACUUAAUGCCCAGUUUAUACCAUGUGUUACUCAGCCUUGUUGCAGAAGUCUCUGCAGUGCAUUGUACUUGGUAUCAGGGCCACAAGACAUUCCUUGCUUUGAAGCUGAGCUGGCACAAGAAGUUUUCUGCAGUCCUGCUGUCCUGUCAAAGCUGUGGCCAAAAACAACAGGGAGAAGACUUUGGAAAGAGUCACCCAUCCACAGUGUGGGGCCUGGCUGGCUCAGGGCUUGAGAACAGCUUUCAUGAAGGUCAGAGGUUGAGAUCAUGUGCACCACAGUGGGGUUCAGAGAUCUCUGCUGCUUGGUACCACUUGGUCUCAGCCCAGAUCUAGACAAGCUUUGGAAUCAGGGUGGCCUUUUCCAAUGGGCCCAUUUUCCUAUGGUCCUUUUCACAGGAGACUCUGAUGAGUGGGCUGUUACUGCUAUCCUCCCUGUGGCUUUAAUUUUUUUCUCUGUUUUAUAGUCAGAGGGGUAAAGCUAAUUCCCAUCUCGUAUAUAACAAUGAAUUUGACUCAAUAACAAGAAGAUCAAUGUACUUUUUAUACUGUGGUGUAUGAUAAGCUAUUUAUAAAUAGCAUAUCACUUCUGGAUCAUCGUCAGAGUUUAAAAUAAACUUGUAAUUUAACCAUAAUUUUCCAGUGUUGACAGAUAUGAUAAAUACAUUUUUGUUCCAAUAAAACCUAAUUUCAGCAAUGUUUUGCAAAAAUCAUUAGAAGCUAAGGAUUAUUUCCCUGAUU